GAACGUUAAAUCCGGCCCUCUGAUUGGAGGAAAUUUUACUUUAUCGAAUCCGUACUGGAUGCUUAUCGGAGGUGAGAGGAAAAGGGAGUGUAAUUACUCAAUCCCCACCAGAAACCUUUCGAAAGAAUUUUAUUUCUCCCCCAUUCGUCAGUUGUACCCUGCCACGUAGUACCAAUUGUUAUUUCGAGCUAAGCUACGAGUUUUUGCCAUGUUUUUGAACCGCAGCAGUUUUUCUUCCUCGCCUCUUCGGUCCUCGAAGCCUCUUAUUUUUUUUUUGUUUAUGAGUGAAAAUCAGCGCGAAAAUCGGUUAUUCGAUUAAUAAUUUGAAUUUUUUAGUUCGUAAUAAUGAUAUUGUUCGUCGAACCGGAUUUAUAAUUAUUUCGAUUGCGACUAGUUAGUGUAGUGUCCUCCUGUUCAGUGUUCGUGUGUAUAACGUAGACGUACAUUCACACGCACUCUCUCACACAUUCAACUCGAUGAGUUCAAUCGCCGUCGUCUGUUAUUGUUAUGGUACUAUUUAGCGCCAGAUCUCGAAACUCGAAGAUGAUACCAUUUACCACGUGAUAGAAAGUAAUUGAAUGAAUUUUUUUUCACCGAAUUUAAUUUCGAUUUAUGUAUUCGAUAUACGCGAGCUUGUUUCAAUCGGUCUUAGUGUUGUUGUGUUACCGAAAAAAACGGCGACUCGAUUCAUCAAUCUCGUAAAUGUAAAAUGAUCGAAAUUUUUAAGCCAGUUACUCGUAUUUGUCUCUAUUCGUAUUUAUGCCAAUCCGAGUACAAAUGAUCGCCGUUUCAGGAUCGUUAAUAUUGCUUCGAUAUGACAAUUUACCAGUCUCGAGUGAAGGAAGAAUGUCAGAAUGAUGCAGAUGUCAGAGCUCUGGCAGCUAAAAUAGCGCAAUAUAGCAAUAAGAAGCAGAUAUCCAACGUACCGAUCGAAAACGGUCGAAUCGUUCAGAAUAAUUGCCAUAAUCGUAGCAGCAUAUUGUGCUAUUUUCCAAAGGUGAACGCCAAAGGUGCCGAAAUGGUGUCGACCGAGCCCAUUCCUCAGAAUAAUACGUCUGCUCAGGAUGAUGGACCCAGUGUGGCCGGUAAAUUCUGCUGGACCGUCGUCGGUAAAUCUAUCGUACCUGUGAUCACGAAAGUAGACGGAACGAAAUACGUAUCGGUUCGUAUCGCCGAAUCCAAAGUACUGAGUCAUUUUUUCCAGCGUUUAAAUACCGAAGUGUUCAACUGCGUUAGCGUGAAGAGUUUCAGCAUAACGGAAGCGGAAACUCGACUGCUGAACGAGAUCAACACCAAGCACAGCGACUGUUUCUUCGGCAAAGAGCCGUUCAACAUCGACUCGGAUUUUAUAGUAAAACUAGACGACUUAGUAGAAUUUCAUAACUUUAUGGAAACGUGCUUUAACAAGUUGACUCAUUUGCCGUCCAAAGGCCCCAGCAAAUGUGGUUUCGUGCGCAUCAACGACGACUCGGUGGUGCCUUACGCCGUUAAAAAUGGUCAGCAAUACGUGCCUUUGUUUUAUUUCGAAGGCGAAACGGAGAGUUUGAAGACUAAGGCUAUAAAUCUAGAAAACUGGGAUCUAGCGUACUUGAAGUUCUGUUGCAAAGUGCAAGGAAUCAAGAACGAACUGUUUGCCAGCGAACAAUGCCAGGUUACGUCACUGGAGGACGUCAAGUCGUAUUUUCCCGAAGGUACGAAAUUCGACGAGUACUGGCCGACCAAACUGCUAGAUAUGCAGACUCCGGCUCGCAGCGACGUCAACGGCAAUCACUCGUGGGUGCAGACGCCUCACGUCGAGAAUGCAAACGUCGCUCCUCAAUCGACAGUUCCUAAUAACCAUUCAAUGGUGAAUAAAGCGCCGCAGCAGCAACAGCAACAACAGCAGCAGCAACAGCAGAUGUCAGCGUUACAGAAACAACUUCACUCCAAUAACCAAAGGGUUAAUUCUACGGCUGUGAUGAAUAACGGUACCACUAGCAUGACCAUGUAUCCGGCUACCGCAACUACUUGGCAGCAGAUCGGCCCGAAUUCGAAUACAGUCAUCUCGCAACCAUACCAGGUUCAACCGCAAACCACUCAAGUUUAUCAUCAGUCCAGAGUGGUACAAAAACAACCGUCGACUGGCAAUAUUCAUACGAUGAACGCCAAUCCUACAGUUGUGAUGACUUCGAGAAGUUACCCCGGUGGCCAGCAACCGAGGCCGCACGUUCAGGCUUAUUACUCAAAUUCAAAUAGCGUUCCUACAGGUACUGUCUCUUCGCAGCAGCAGCCUCCGCCACUAGUCAGAGUUACUACCGCUAAUUCUGUACCAAACACGUACACAGCGGCGGUUUCCGGCGGCCAGAACGACACGUACGCGCACGUAUUCCAAGGCAGCACCUCGUUACCGGCCAUCUACCAGGGAAUGCCGAGCAGUGGGAGCGUUUCGGCUCACGGUUUAGGAGCCAACAAGAAUCUGCGAAACACGGGCGCCGUACACGGAGGUAAUCAGUCCGCGUCGAUUGUUCAAAAUAACGCGAGAUAUCCGCCGGCUUUGACGCCAAUCGCGACCACCGGAGUGGUGUCAAAUAACUGUAUGCCCGGUUCAGGUAAUCAGACAACGGUACAGCAGCAGCAGCAGCAACAGCAGCAACAACAACAACAGCAACAGCAGCAGCAGCAGCAACAACAGCAACAACAACAGCAGCAGCAGCAAGCAGCGAUGAUGAACUCGCGGAAUCAUCAUCGAGCUCCGGCGGCUAUAGCACAGAAUUACGUUCAACAAAACGGUGGAGAAAUCAUCGAUCUUUCGUCACCUCCGCAUUCGCCUCAGAGUACGACGAACAGCGUUAAAAGAUCGUCGGCCGUUACGAAUAGCGUCAACGAUUACAGACCGGUGAAUUUCAACUUUCCUCCUUUGGUGCUGAUCGACGACGUACCCGCUCAUCAGUUGAAAAGCAUUAAUCCUCCGUUUAAAGCUAGAACUAUUUCGUUUAAAGAGAAAACUAUUUUGGCGAUGAAUUUGAAGCCGUUCGAUUACGAAAAUUACGUAUUAACGUUGCCGGAUGUAAUUAACAAUUAUUUCCCCAGAUCUGAUGUCACUAGGAUACGACAUGUUUUACAAAACAUGUUCAAAAUAACGCUGUAUAAAGGCAACGUACAACAAAUGCAGCUGUUGCAAAGCCACCAUAAGAAUAAAAUGUCCAACGAAGAAGUGCCGCUGAUCGAGCUGAAAGAUCUAGAAAACUACUACGCUCAACUCGUCUACCUGGAAUCGACGAUGAACUCGCAAGACCGCGAUAACAGUAUAGAACGCGAAUCCAAACGCCAAAAGAUCAGCUAGGACAGGUCUGUGGCCAGUUAUUCGACGGACUGGCCAUUCAAUAUUGGAGUUUCUCCGAUUGUAGGCCAGCACCCAAAACCCUCCUCCACCUCUAUCAUUCACAACAUCCCUCUGAAGACGGAAUUACAUUCGCCGCAGCAGCAGCAGCAGCAAUGCUACGGGCAGCCAACCAACGAGUAUCAUUACAACGGCGUGAGCAGCAGCGGCGGCGGCUGCUACGAUAAUCAUUGUAGCAGUAUCGCCAAUGGACGCAGCAGCAGGUCCAGCUGCGGCGCUGCAGAUUACUGUACGUCGCCUCAGUAUCCGUCUUACUUUACCUACGAUCUAAAUUGCAACAAUAGCAGUUCGAACGACUGGUUGAAUGCUGGCUGCAGUAAAUACGUCAGGGGCGAGAUAACCCCUAACAAUUCAUCGGCACCUUGGGCUUCGCGGAAUCAUCCUUUGCUAAUGCAUCAGGCGACCGUAGUGGAAGCCGCCUGGUCGUACUCCGGUUAUAAUUAUUGGUAGGAAAAUCCAUCACUAUAUUUAUGUAAAUUCGUAUCCCGUUUAAUGACGUAUAUUACGUCUCUUUUUUUUACCCCCCCCCCCCCCCUCCACCCCUUAAUUGUUCCUUUUUUCCUUCGAGAUUAACGUGUAAGAUCUGCGUAUUUAUUAGUACGACGAAUUUUAUGGCGAAAUUUUCUCCAUCUUUGCGGACGUUUGUCUGGGUUUUUAAUUUAUUACUCGUAUUUAAAACGUGAACGGUUUUUUCUGACGAAAUGGCCGGAUCAAUGACUUGUGCUUUCAAUUUUGCGUGUAAUUGUUCAGAGUUACCGUGCAAGAAUUUCAGGUUUCUUUUUGUUCAUACUUCGGCUCCAUCUUGUCGUGUAUUUAUUUGUUUGUGUAGGUUUUAAAAUGCACGAAGUAUAUAUGAUUUUAUUGCAAUAUUUUGAAGUAUCUUGUGUCCUUUUUUUUUUGGUUGUUUUUUUUUUGGCCUUCUCCAAAAAUUCGGGAGAAAGGUGGAGAAUUUUUUACGUUUGUCUAGACUGUGUGACAAAUAUCAAUUUAAUAAAAUGCAUUUCGAUCUUUUCGGAUCACCCCCUUCCCCUCCCCCUUCCCUCUUGUCCAUUUUUGUCGUACCAAAAAUAGACCUUUUUUAAAAUAAUAUUUAGAUAAUUGGAAGACGACGACAAUCAUAUUUAACACGUGGAAAAGUACUUUGAAAAAUGCACGUGUCUUCUUUGGUACACCCUGUUCCCACCUCUACUUGUCCUGCCUAACCCCGUGUUAUGUAAAUAAUGUUUAAUACCCCCCCCCCCCCUUUCGAAAAUAAUAUGUAUUUAUGUAGAUAGGGUUUUAUUUUAAGCGUGUGUAUAUAAAUUUCGUUGUAUAAUACGUAUGUCGAUACUAUAGCGUCUCCCCUCGUCCCCCUCGUUUUAUGGCCCCAAUUUUUUUUCUUUUUUUUUUACUUUCGUAUUCGCGUAAAUUAUUAUUUUUUUAUUAUUAUUAUUUUCUUGCGUGUUAUACUAUUUUUCUAAACAUGAUUUUUUUUCUCAUUUUGUAUUUUUACGAUAAUUUAUUAUUCUCUCUUCUCGAUUUACUUGCAACUUGAACGAAGAAAGUCUCGGUUACGAAGCGUUUGUUGAGUUUUUUUUGUUUUGUGGUGUUUUCUUUUUUUUUCAUUUCUUAUACACUAUUUUUUUCUCUUUGGUUAUUUUACUAUAUCGAAAAUUUCAUAGUACGUAAUGUCCGUUGUACCUGAGACUAUUGAUGAGAAAAAAAGAAAAAAUUUGCGAAAUUGACGUAGGAAGAUACCAUAUAUUUAGUGUUCUGUUUUAAAUUCUUGAUUUAUUAGGUAUUCUUGCGUGGUAGUAGAAAAAUAAUACGUGAUGAAACGUACCUCCUACGGAAUUUUUUUUUUUUUUAUUUUUUUACGAGAAACUAGGUUUACAAAAUAUAUGUAAACAAAUUACGAGUAUCUGUCGUUUUUUUUUUUUUUUAGAUUAUUAUUUUCGUGCUGUUUAUAUAGACUCUUGUAAUUUUGUUACGUUUGAUUUAGGUACUACCUAUUUACUUGUUGGAUCUUUUUUUCUUUUUUUACGUCUCGGAUAUAAUGUGUAUGCCAAUUUUCCCCCAUCCCCCAUUCCCAUCCCAGUGACGUGUUAUUAUGACUACAUAUUAAUAUGUUUGUCAUGUAUUUAGAUGAUGAUGUUGGCUUUUGGACGUUACCGGUUUCGUUAUUAAAGCUGGAUGGAUAUUAUCUCGUUAGCGAAUGUAAUUAUGUAAUUAAGAAGUUCGCCAACGAGCUGUUUGAUUUAAAAUAACAAUGUAUUGCAUUUUGAUGAAUAAACAUUGCUCUUGAUUUUUAA